AUUUCCUUCAAUCGUUCGUUCUACACGUGAAAAUCAACAUGGCUUCAGGUUCAGUUGGUGGUGGUGGCCAGGAAGAUGCGCCGCCGGUCUUGCCGCCCAGCAAGUCUUCUGCGUCGGGAAAGCUUUCUCCGCGCUUGCAAGAGCUCCUAGAUCGUGUUGACUAUUACGAGGACCAUUACUCUUCAUAAUUCCCCAAGCUUCAACUGCCUCACAAAAGCUUAGUUGAGCAAGGGAACAAGACCAAACUAACCAUGGACUCCUCGGAUCCCAGCUCUGUCGAUUCGACCGACACCAAUUUCCGUUACGCAGCCUACGGUAGCCGCGUCCGUACCAUCCUCCUCUCCGCCCACCGUUACGUCGCCUACACCUCAGACGUUGGUGAAUCCUUCCGCCCAGUCGCACACCCGUGGCUCGUCCGCUCCGCCUACGGUAUCUCCUGGGCAUACCUUAUCGGCGACGUAAGCCACGAAGGCUACAAAGCUUACCUCCGCAACCGCCGCGCUCUCACCCCACCCGGCGAGUCCUACAAGGAUGCCAGCGACGUGCCCCAGACACAAAUCAUCCGUGGCAUGGCUACGGGCAACCUCUCUCGCCCUCUGAGCGGACCCAAUGAUGCGCUACAACCCUGGCCUACGACGGAAAUCUCGCUUGCGGAGGACUAUCGUAUGGUUAUGGCCAAGCGCGCCGUUUUCCAGAGUGUGGCAAGUAUGGGAUUGCCCGCGUUCACCAUCCACAGUGUAGUGAGAUACUCUGGGCGCAUGCUGAAGGGGAGCAAAGUCACGUUUUUGCGCACUUGGGUGCCAAUCGGACUCGGUCUAUCGGUCGUCCCAUUCCUGCCCUACAUCUUUGACCAUCCUGUUGAGGAGGCCGUAGACUGGGCCUUUGGCACUGCACUCCGCAUUUACGGAGGCGAGGACGCCGUUCGGCCGCUGCCUGCACAUGUCCGUAGUGGGCAUGCUGAUGGCGCGUCGGAUGGCGAGUCCCCUGUCACAGCAGCCGCGGCGCAGCUUUCCUGGGAGGAACACAAAGCGGAGCGGGAUGAGCUUCGCCAGCUGCGUCGUGAGCAGAAUGCUGGUAAGUGGUGGGGUGGGCUUGGCGGUUGGUCUGGGGGUGAUGAGAAGAAUAAGAAAGACUAA